GCGAUCUGGCCCGUCGCGAAAUGUGGUGCCGGUCCUCCGACGACGACAGAAAUCUAGGAAACUGGGAUGGUGUGCGCGAUGGCCGUGUACCCUCGCGCGCUUCGAAAUGUUGAGUCACUGGCUCUCCAGGGCAGGGCCUUUUGGGGUGGUCUCCCCCCAUGCGGAAUGGGUGAUCGUCGCUGUCGUCGCGUGGAGGGGUGUGCAAGAGGCCGUCCGGAAGGGGUCUGCGCGCCAAGGGAGGGGAAAUGUCACCGCGAGCACUAUAAAGGUUCGCGCGAGCUCUAUCUUCUCGCUGUCUUUUGCUUCUCGAUUGCACGCAAGGCCACGAGUGGGGUUCCCGUUGUGCUGCGCGGGGAGCCGAACAUCGCCCGCGCAAGACGAUCCCUGGCGACUUCCUCUCGUGCACUGCGGCAGUCUGUUUUCGUUCACGGGGCGUGCGCAUCCGACCGUCAGCGAAUGGCGCCACGUGGCCAGCAUAAGGAGAAACGUCCACACGGUGGUUCCGGCGAAGCAGGUGCAGGGCAAACAGGAAGGGGCCACAUCCCAAAGUCGAAGAAGUUCCACGCGGGAGACGGGUCGGAAGGAGAGAUGUGGGGUGACGGGGGAGAGGAGGAGACGCCUAUGGACAUCACUUCUAAAGGGACGCCUGUGCUCGGGCUCGGGUGUGACGGUAUGAGCAGGCAGCAUAUGCUUGCGCUCACCAACCUUGGCGUCCUGACGUCCACGCGCGGCGGCGGUGGAGGGACGGCUCAUGCGCAAGGAGUUUCGUUCGGUGACAUUCCGCCGCAGAGGGCCGUGUGUUCUGCAUCUACCAUCGCAUCUGUGUCCGAGUGUGGCGAAAAGCCUCCGAUAGGUGAGUCUCCAUCGCGCCACAUGGAGGCGUCGAACCCGACGAUCGCUGCUGCUUCGCCGAGGGAUGUGCUUCAAUCCGUGCAAGCAGCGGGCGCCGCUGGCCAUGCCGCCGCCCUCGGUGUUGGAGAAAGGCGAGAAGAUAGGAGGGUGGAAGAGGCGGGGAGAAAACAGGAGAGGAGGGAGGAGACUCCGCGCGGGGAAGAAGAGGACGACCAGCCUCUGAGCGCGAGGAAGAAAAGGUCCCGCCAAGAGGAGGAGUUGGAGGCGAAAUCGAAGCUGUGGGUAGACGGCAAAGCGUUCUGGGCAACCGGCCCCGAGCGGAUGAUCGUGGACGCAGUGCAUUCCUGCGCGGACUACUUCUGCGCGAUCGUCAAUGGAGAUGCAGGCGCCAGCGCUCCGCAAGGCCUCAUGAUGCCGCCCCCCGAAGUCCCGCGCGUGCGGAUCAAAGAUGGCGCGCAACGAGAGCCAGCUCUCAGACGAGCGAGACGAACGGAGAACGUGGCAAUGCGCGUCAUCCACGGGUGGAUAUUCAGGUCGUCUUCAAGGUUCGAUGGUUUCACCCGCGCGGAGUCGUACGUCGCCACAAAUUACCCCAUCGACCUGGCAAGAGCAGUUUGGCAGAGCUUCGAGUGGUCGAGGAUAGUGCCUCCCGCCGUAGUUUACCAUACGGUCGCUUUGAAGAUGGACAUCCCACUGUGGUUCGCCGGGGCAUAUAUCGAGAAUGGGCCGGAGGACGAUGACAUGGCCGCGCACUAGGAGGCGACUGUGAUGCAUCUUGCGUCA